ACCAGUCUGGGUAUCCGAUUAUUUUGAAACACCCCUCCUUGGUGUGUCUCGUGCCUCCACAGUGAGUACACCGGAGAUUUGCUUUAUCAUCAUCCCGCCGGAAUCUAGGUUUCUCCGUUCUUCCUUUGGUCGCAAGACCACUGCCGAUUCCUGAAUCUCCCGUCGAGGGAUUCUCACUGUUUUUCAUAAUCCCUCAUCGAGAUAUUUCGCGACAGAUUGUCGCAUACGCAAUCUCUAUUGUGGGAAGAGGGUCUGAAUUUAACAGGUCUCUUCGAUCUUUGUCAAGAGACUCAUCGAGUCUCGUUGGUAUAGUCGGUUUUGUUGGAUUAUACGGUUGUAUACCGUUUUGUCUUCUAGGCACUGCAUUGGAUUUGGUAGCCUUCGAUCAAUUUCCUUCCAGAUUGAGCUGAUUAAUUGGUGGGAGUCGUAUGGAGAUGAAUGUCCGCAGCUACAAAGGUUUGCAGUAAGAAUUUUGAGUUUAAUUUGCAGUUCUUCUGGUUGUGAGCGUAAUUGGAGUGCGUUUGAGAUGGUUCAUACAAAAAGAGAAAUCAGUUGCAUCAACAAAGAAUGAGUGAUCUUGUUUUUGUGAUGUAUAAUCUGAAGUUAAAGCGUAGACAAGAAAAUCGAGCAAGCAAGUGGAGAAUGGCUGUACACAGAGCGGCUAGAAGAUUUACUAGACAAGCAACACGAGAUGAGAAUGAAAGCCUGUACACAGAAUUACAAGACAAUGUGGUUGAAGUUCAAACACCGAGUGAUGAAGAUGAUCAUGCUAAAGAAAAUGAGGCUGCUGUAAACUUUAUUGGCUCUAAUGAAAUUGAUUUGGAUGAUUUUGGAGUUGUCGACGAUACCGAUAUUGGAGGAACUACCACAGGAGCUGAUUUAGGAAGUGAUGAUGUAGAUGGUGGUAGUUUUGGCUUUGAUGAUUAAUUAUUAAUUGAUUUCAAUUUAAAUUGUAAGAGUGAAGUGUAAUUACUACUAAUUAGUGCUUUAGUGCUUUACUAAUUUAAAUUACUACUAAUUUCAAUUUAAAUCGUAGAACGUAGAUGUACUAAUUUAAAUUGUAAGAAUGAAGUGUAAUGCACUAUUCUGAACAUUAUUAUCAAUUUAUCAUUAUAAAAUUUAGCUUUAUAUA